GCGCUUGACGUAUAGGGACGGAUAUCCGGAGAAGAAGCAGCUGCGAUGGAAGUUUGCAUUGACCCGCCUCGGUGCGACCCCCAGCCGUCAGGAAGAAUCAACAAAGCUGCCUUCAAGCUGUUCGGCAAGCGCAGGUCCGGCGGAGGCAUGCCGAGCAUCUUCUCGAUAAGGAACAAAGAGGAUCCGGGCAGCGAUGAACUCGCUAGGAGCAAGACCUACGAUGGCUUGACAACUGAUUCAGAAGGCCACAAUAAAGAAGAGCGAGUCAGCAGCGAGCAUCUCAGUGGCGAUGCGGUGGAAGGUAUUACCGCAGCCCCUGUGUGCAGUGCCAUCACGAAGUCGUUCAGUUUCUUCUCUUUGCUGCGCCGCAAUAGCACUCGCAUCACUGACAGGGCAGCUACGCUGGGGCAAAGGAGCCGUGGACUGAAGGGGUGGUUCAGCAGCCUGCGCUGGCGCCGUAAACCUCCGCCGCGGGACGAGUCGGCCGAAAUCCAGUACAUAGCCAAAGGAAUGAAGGGAGUUGAUCUGAUUCUGUCCUGCAGUUCGAACAGUGUGGAAGUACUGGAGGAGAACGUGACCCUAACGCUGGAACCCCUGCCACAGACAUUUGGGGGACAAACUUCGGACAAUUCUGAGAGCUGGACGGGAACCUCUUCGCAGGAGUUACAGGAUAACAGUGGGGAGUGUACAACUAGGAGGAGCUCGUCUCCUCUGGUACAGCAGGUCGGUGAGGAGUCUCCAGGUCUGUCUCCGGUCAGAGUUCUUCAGUCAAGUGAACCUCUCAGGGCAACACACAACACUCCAGCCCAUGUUACUUCCAUCCCAGGGUCUACUCUGACUCCUCCGCUGGAGCACAGCUCGGCUGACCCGCCGUCUGAGGAACGUCUUUCUGCCAUGUUCACUGAUGUCACCUCACUUAAAAGUUUUGAUUCACUGACUGGUUGUGGAGACAUCAUCGCAGACCAGGAGGAUGACUCUGGGAAUGGUGGCAGUAUUACCAGUAAUGGAACGGGUAGACCUGCUAAAACUCCACAGGGGAGUGGGAUAGUGGCUUAUAUGGGUGGUGGAGAAGAGAUGGCCAGUCCAGAAGGUGUGGAUGAUGCAGACAUGCAAGGACUUUGGCACAUGCUCCCUCAGAAGGGAGAGGAUUCCCCAGCUCUACCUCGCAGUGACCCCGUACUGCCUCACCUGCCAACCCGGCAAGAGAAGAGACCUCCUCAGGUAAAAGGGUUGGGGCUGAGUAAAAUCCCCACCAGCGGAAGGUCAGGUAAGCAGCAGCAAUCCACACGCCCUUCUCCUUCACCUAUUGAUAAAGAUCUCCAGGAUGUCCCACCCAAUGAUGAAGGCUACUGGGAUUCCCCUACGCCUGGACCAGAGGAUGAGAACAGUGGCAUUCUGCAGCGAGUCGGUAUGCCAAAGGAAAGCUGCUCCGGGGAUGCACUUUAUGACCUCUAUGACCUUGACAGUCCUGGCACUGUAGACUCAGAUGAUGACGACAUCACAAUGAUUUCCCCAACGCCCUCCACGGGCGAUCUGAAAAUGAGCCCGCCAUCCCAGAAAUCUUCAACUGCUGCAUCUCCCUCAUACCAUUCCAUCAAGGGCAGUACAAGUCUUCCCAGAGACUCUAAGAUACCUAUCAUCGUGAGGCCAAAACCGCCACCGCACUCGUCCAGCCAGGGAGAGCUUUCCUCUCCCGUCAGCCCGACCUCGCACAACCCUCCCUCGAAGGCUAACACCCCAACUCGCACUCGUAUUCCUGUCUCCAGGGUCCCCGUGCGUUCCUCAGGCAACAAGAGCUCAAAAGUGACACCAAACAAGAAGUAGAAUUCCCGACUAUGGACAGAAUACGGGACU